GUGGCGCCGGCGGCGUGGCGUCUCUGCCUGAGGGUGCCCCGUACGCACCGCGGGGUCCGCGGUGACCCUAUGGCAGCCUGCCGCGCGGCGGACCCCUGCCUUAGGCUUCUGGACCGAAGCCGGCGCAGCGUGGGCUGGGCGGGGUGCGCAGCGGGUGGAGGAUGCCGCGGGCCAGUGGGCUCCGCGCCCGGGCUGGAUGGAGUGGCCGGUCCCGGGGCGCACCUCUACUCGCUUUUGGGUCCCCGCCGCCUCGGGUGGCGUCCCUGACUCUCCUGCGGGGAGAAUGUGUGUGUGUCCCGGGCCCAGACGAAUUGGAAUCCCCAUCAGGAGCUCCAGCUUGCCGCUGUUCUCUGAUGCCAUGCCAGCCCCGACUCAACUGUUUUUCCCUCUGAUCCGGAACUGCGAACUGAGCAGAAUCUAUGGCACUGCGUGUUACUGCCACCACAGACAUCUGUGCUGCUCGUCCCCGUACCUGGCGCAGAGCCGCCUGAGAUACGCGCCGCACCCGGCGUACGCUACCUUCUGCCGGCCCAAGGAGAGCUGGUGGCAGUACACGCAAGGAAGGAGAUACGCUUCCACGCCGCAGAAAUUUUACCUCACCCCUCCACAGGUCAACAGCAUCCUGAAAGCUAACGAAUACAGUUUCAAAGUGCCAGAAUUCGAUGGCAAAAACGUCAGCUCUGUCCUUGGGUUUGACAGCAAUCAGCUGCCUGCAAAUGCCCCCAUCGAGGACCGGAGAAGUGCAGCCACCUGCUUGCAGACCAGAGGGAUGCUUUUGGGGGUUUUCGACGGCCAUGCAGGCUGUGCUUGUUCCCAGGCGGUCAGUGAGAGACUCUUUUACUAUAUUGCCGUCUCUCUGUUACCCCAUGAGACUUUGCUAGAGAUUGAAAAUGCAGUAGAGAGCGGUCGGGCGCUGCUGCCCAUUCUCCAGUGGCACAAGCACCCCAAUGAUUACUUCAGCAAGGAGGCAUCCAAAUUGUAUUUCAACAGCUUGAGGACUUACUGGCAAGAACUUAUAGACCUCAACACUGGGGAGUCUACUGAUAUUGAUGUCAAGGAGGCUUUAAUUAACGCUUUUAAGAGGCUUGACAAUGACAUCUCUUUGGAGGCUCAAGUUGGUGAUCCCAAUUCUUUCCUCAACUACCUGGUGCUUCGAGUGGCAUUUUCUGGGGCCACUGCUUGUGUGGCCCACGUAGAUGGUGUUGACCUUCAUGUGGCCAACACCGGAGAUAGCAGAGCCAUGCUGGGUGUGCAGGAAGAGGAUGGCUCUUGGUCAGCAGUCACUCUCUCUAAUGACCACAAUGCUCAGAAUGAGAGAGAACUGGAACGGCUGAAAUUGGAACACCCAAAGAAUGAGGCCAAGAGUGUGGUGAAACAGGAUCGGCUGCUUGGCUUGCUGAUGCCUUUUAGGGCUUUUGGAGACGUAAAGUUCAAAUGGAGCAUUGACCUUCAAAAGAGGGUGAUAGAAUCAGGCCCAGACCAGUUGAAUGACAAUGAAUAUACCAAGUUUAUCCCUCCUAAUUAUUACACGCCUCCUUAUCUCACUGCUGAGCCAGAGGUAACUUACCACCGAUUAAGGCCACAGGAUAAGUUUCUAGUGUUGGCUACUGAUGGGCUGUGGGAGACGAUGCAUAGGCAGGAUGUGGUUAGGAUUGUGGGUGAGUACCUGACGGGCAUGCAUCACCAACAGCCAAUAGCUGUUGGCGGCUACAAGGUGACUCUAGGACAGAUGCAUGGCCUUUUAACAGAAAGGAGAGCCAAGAUGUCCUCAGUAUUUGAGGACCAGAACGCAGCAACCCAUCUCAUUCGUCAUGCAGUGGGCAACAACGAGUUUGGGACUGUUGAUCACGAGCGCCUCUCCAAAAUGCUUAGUCUUCCUGAGGAGCUUGCUCGGAUGUACAGAGACGACAUUACAAUCAUUGUGGUUCAGUUCAAUUCUCAUGUUGUAGGGGCAUAUCAAAACCAAGAAUAGUGGGUGGAUCUUACCCUGGCCAUUCCCAAAUGAAAUAGAUUUCAAGAGCAGAUAGAUUUGUAAAAGAUACUAAGAUAAUAAACAUUUCCAGUGGGUCAUUCUAAGCAUUUACCCAUUUGAUAACUCUAGCUGGUCAAGUACUCCAAACUGACUUUGCAGCAGGGUGGCAGGAUCAGGGGAGUCUCCUUCUGCCUAGCUCGGACCUCACAGCACCUGCACUCGCGGCAAGUCACUUCCUCAUUGCAAAUGUCUUGUGACAUUGGCUUCUUUUAUCCAUCUGAGAAAAUCAAGAUGACCUGGCAAGUAGGAUCUUGAAUAGGCCCAAUGCCAGGAUCUUGCUGGGCGUAUUCUCUUGGUAAAAGGGAAGAAACAUUACUGUUCAACCUGCAGACCCUUUUUGUCACUAAAAUUCCAAUGUACAUGAGAAUGUUUAUUUACUGCAUGAUUUCCUAGAUAGGCAAUCUGUGCAUUAUUCAUAAAAAUUUAUUUUAGCCUGAAGUGGUUUUCAAACCCCGUACUUUAAGCCAUAAAUGACUGAGAACCAAGCAAUCUGAAUUUGUGUUUGUGAUUAUUUGACUGGAAUGCUUCUUAAAUGGAAAAACAAACUCUGCUCCCUUCCCCACCCCUGGUUACCUAACAUAAUCGAGAUAUUUUCUGCUUUGCCACACACUUGAAGAUGACAGUGUUUUUGGUUUCGUCUACUCUUAUAUUGAUGUUAAAGAUUUUUUUUCGUUUGUAGUAAUGAAAUGAUUUCAUUUCAUUUAGUAUGAAAUAAAAAGAUCCAGAAUAAAAAGAAGAGCCUGUUCAGUUCUUGUCAUUUGUAGCCACCAACACAGUCAGGCUUAUCUUGUAAUCCCCAAAGGUUUGGCAUGCUGUGUGUGGUGGGUAGACUGCUGCCAGGAAAUCAUAUUCCCCAUUCAGUAGUGAUAAGAAUGUUCCCCACUUUUGGAAUUUCAAGGCUGACAUAUAUAAAAUAAGUUUAAAUAUCAAAUUGGGGAGUAAGGUUUAAUAUUACUUUUGGGUGUUGAGGCCGGGGAGGGAGUUUUUGUUUUUCCCCAUGUAGACAUAGGGGUCUACGUUUAAGUAGUUAAAAUAUUUGGUUUAAAAAUGACUAAAUGCUUUAAACAUAUUGUAGCUUAUAAAUAGAAAUCUUAAGAUACAUACACAAGAAGUUUUAAAAGGUAACUGUUGUGCAUGCCUGAUGCUUAAUAGAUCCCUUAGUAGCAUCAAGUGUUGUUUGCAGCAGUCUCUGUAAUUAUAUGCAGUCCCUUCUAAUGCUGUAUCAAAGUAAAUGAAAAUAAAUAUAUUCAAAUUGGCUUUUUGGGAGCUUAUUUGAUAUGCA